GUCAGUUAUGCGGCGCGGAUAUCUCCUGCCGUUUUUCUUUUCUCAACUGUGUUCCUGCAUUUCUUAACACGACUUCGAUGUCGAACACAGUGAUUUACAUUUUCAUCUUGGCCUUCUUCAAGAGUGCUGUUUGCCAAGUCUGCCGGCCACAUUCCAUCGAAGCCUGCUAUGGAGCCAUCGCUAUGAGCCUUCUGCGCGACUUGGUGAAACCGCCAUUUGGAGAAAUUGAGCUCGAUGCCAGUAUGCAAACAAUCUGCAAAAAACGUUUCCCCAGUGUGUCCCGUUGCAAGUCACUUGUAAAUGACUGCCCAAAGGAGCAGAGAGAAAAUUUCACAAAUCUAGAAAACAUCUACCGUGGUUUUCACAACGCUGUCUGCACUCAAGUUUCUUUUGACGGUCUCCGCAGUCUGUGGGAUUGCCUCGAUCGGCCACGCAGAAAAAGAUGCGACAAGGACAUCGACACCUUAUUCAGCACCAAUUCUCUGUUCUUACAUUGCCAGACGGUUCGCAACUACAGCGCGUGUCUCGAAGAAGUGACAAAAGACUGCCCGCCGAAUUUCGACGAGGGGAGAAAAGCGCUCAAGAGGAUAACUGAUGGAGCUGUGGAUACUUUGUGCUCAUCGUGGAGAGACCUCCAGGCGACAUCUUCAUCGCUGCUGGAAGGAAAUACUACAAAUUCUACGGAUAUGUUCGAACGUCAACACGCUCUGACAACGAACCACGGUGAUACAACCACGGUACAUUCCCUGUUCAACGGAUCAACAACGAUGACAAGCGAGCUGCCGCGCGGGUCUGUGACGUCACAAACGUCCACGGAGAAUCUCACUGCUGGAAAUCCAUCAUCAUGCUUAGACGCAGCAGGAACUUCUGGCAUAAAAUGCAAUGACCCGACCAUUGUGCCGCCUUCAAGUGCAACAUCUGUGUUGGACAUCGCUUUCGUGCAUUGUGUAUUUGUUUGCACAUGCUCCUGGCUUACCCUAUUAAACCCAUGAAGCAUUUUAAAGGAAUUAUCUAGCUUCCUCGCUCUGGCACAUGCAUUAGACGGUCAUCGUACGUCAGCACCAGUGCUUGCAGACAUCAGUGGGAGAAUAUCCAAGGCUGCACAAACCUUGUAAACGCCUUUCCUGCGAUCCUGUAAGUGCAUGUCUGACGAGUGUACUGCAUGAAUUGGGAAAUUAUGGAGAUUGCAUAUCGAACAGUUGGCUGGGAUUGAGAUGGGUUCCUUGCACUUCAGAUAGCAUCUUAAACCUUUUAUUAUAGUUAUCAGGCCUGCUGUCGAAAUUACCCAAACUCACAUAUUUGACCGAAUAGGUCGCUUUGCACGCUUUAUUACAGCUUGCUUGUGAUGGAAAAAUGACCAUGCUGAAAUUUUUCGGCUACUUUAGUUUUGAUUGUAAGCUUAACUAGGAACUGUAAUAUUAUUUUAUUUUUCUAAUUAUUAACGAGCUCCGAUCCUGACUCCGACUGCGUUUCUAAUAGCGUCGCGUGCAAAUAAAGAAGUGUUUGUGGUUCACAGAUUA